UUCUUUAGUAUUAAGACUAAUCUCGAACCGAAAGGUUGCAUUUUGUAAAGUUGACUUUUAUAAUAAACUAAAAGGGUUUCCUCACGAAGCAAGUAGAACUAAUAAUUGAUUAAUAUAAAUAUUAAUCAUUAAUUGGUUCCUCCUAUUCGUAAGAGUUUUUCCCUCCGUUUUAACGGAAUUACUUCUGUAUUUAUUUGAAAUUUCCCGGUCCCUUUUCAGGGAUAUUACUAAGAAUGAAUCCGCGAAUCAAAUACGAGUGAAUUUGCACAGUACCCAUAGUACCGCUCGUAACACUUUAUUAAUAAGCGCGGCUGGCGCGGCUUUGCAUUUAAUUAGUGAUUUGUGUUUAUUAAUCCCAUUAGUUUUAGACAUUAAAUUAUACGACGAUGGAAUUUUAGAGCUUAAUAAGGCCUAUUCAUUCGCAUUUAAUAAUUUUAUUAUCAUUCGCUUCACAAGUGCGGGUGUGUUUUCAACGAAUCAACGAUUGUCGCACAAAUAUUUUGGUACGAGAAAAAGAGUUUCCGAUGACGAUAUGAGUGGUUUACUACCAAUUUUUGCAUCAGUGGAUCAGUAUUUCUAUCAGCUGAAACAUUAUAUGAGACAACAAGAGAUAUACAGAUUUCAUCUUAACUUAGUGAAGGAAUUUAUCUAGUGUGACGAUAAACAAAUGACUAGAAGAUUGUGAUUAGAAUUUUAAUCAACAACUAUUUCUUCGUAUUGAGAAAAUCCUGCAAUAUUGUUAAAAUCUUUCAACCUGAAAGGUUAAGUUCAAUAGUUAAAGGGUGAAAAGAAAUGGAAAAAAUUCAAGAAAUGCCUCAACCAGGUCCUACAGCUCCUACAGCACCUUUGCCAACAGCUCCACCUUCUUACGAAGAAGCUGUUGCUCAAUCUGGAUAUGUUGCAAAUUUACCCAAUAAUCCUCCAUAUCCAGCGGCUGGAUCUCAAAUGCCCAUGCCAACUCCAUUUGUACCGCAAGGAACAUCAGCACCAAUAACAGUUCCACCAUCUCAAAGUAAUGCACCAUAUUCCCAGCAAUUUGGAGCACAGCAAACAUUUUCACCACCUCCACCUCAAGAAGUGCGAAUAGUUCAUCAGCAUGUUGCGGUCUCAUUAGGACCAAAUGCCGUUAAAAUGAGAUGUCCAACUUGUCAUGUUGAUAUUAAGACAACGACAGUUUCAGAUCAUCAACCCAGUGCACAUAUCUGUUGCUUUAUUCUCUGUCUUCUUGGAUGUUGCCUCUGUUCUUGUCUGCCAUACUGCAUGAGCGCCUUUCUGAGCGUACAUCACUUUUGUCCCAACUGUAAAACCUACAUUGGAACAUGGAAGGGUUGAUUUUCUUAGGAAUCUUAUUUAUGCUGAAAUAAUAAUUAUAUAUCUAUAAUACUAAAUAUGGAUAGAGAAUCUAUAAGAUGGUCAAACUUUAAAUGUAUUUGUUAUCUAUUGACUCACGAUCUUUAUAGAUUUUAUAUAAAGCUACCGACGAGUAAAUAGGCAAAAUUAUAGAAAUUAUAAGUAGGAAUGUUUAUAUACAUAUUAUGUAGUUAUAGUUUGAAUGAGAAUAUUUGAGAUUCGAGAGGUGUCGAUCAUUUUUGGUUUCGAAGUUGUUUUCUCUCCAUAUUCAUAUUUGGUUGUGAAAGGCAUUUUAAUUUUUAUUCGUUUUUUCUACUAGAGUAGAAAUUUUUUAUAGUUUUUUUAUAGUUAACAGUUACCAGUGAUUUUUUAAAUAUUUUUAAAAUUAGUUUUUAAAUCAACUUCCAAUGAUAUUGACGCCAGUACUUUUUUUAUAUUUUCUUGUGAAUUUCACGAGACUUCGAUUUUUCUUCCUAUCGAAUAUUUUAUAUUUUUAUCAAAUAUUAUUUUUAAUUAAUUAAAUUGAUUUUAUUCUUAUUGGAUUCUUAUUGAAAAUAAGUUUUUAAUAUCAAAACAAAAAUCGACACGAGUGCAUGUCAUUUGUGAGUGAAAAUUUGAUGAGAUUACUGAACAGUACUCUUGACAGUGAGAUUUUUAAAAUUGCGUGUAAAUAAAGAAUUCACAUUUAGAAAUGGAUUUGUGUUCCAUUUCGUGAUACGAAUUCUUUAUGCGAAUCCUUUUGUAUUAAAAGAAAUUUACUGUUUCAUUUAAAGCGAAAAUCAAUGCAUUUUUUAAUCAAAACACAAAAAAAAGGAAUAUUGUGACAAUUAUAAUUUCUUUUUUUGCAAUUUUCUUUCCAUUUAUCUUUUAUAUAAGGAUUCAGUUUUAGAAUUAUACAAUUUUGAAGAAAACCGUUUUUUUAAAAGUAUUUACAAUUAGAAUAAAAAUGCUAUAAUUAUAGACCUGCCAAGUAAUCGUAGAUUGUAACAGAGAAAAAGACAAUGAUGUAUUUAGUCAUGCUUGAAAAACUUUUUUCGAAUCUCAAAAAAGAAAAGUUGAGUACAUUUUCUGAAUAUCGCAUUGUGAUGUCUUAGCUGCUUUCAAUAUAAUAAUAAUAUGCAUUUUUGAAGAGUAAAAAAAAUGUCUCUAGAAGAAGAGAUUUGUCAAGUAAUAAAUAUUGUGUAGUCAGAUACAAGUACCUUUUUAAAAAUUUGGAUAAAUUAGAUUAUAAAAGAGAAAUAUUAUUCGAUUCGAAUGGAGUUUAAAAAGCUAUAAUUUUAAUAAGCAAGAAAAUUGAUUGAACAAUUUCAUUAUGUCAAAUUGCGAGAAUUUUCGUACAAGCAGAAACAAGCAUUGACAGCAAACAAACUUUUUCUUUAUGUUAUUUUGUCAAAAAUUUAUUGACAAUUACUACUGCGUAUUGAACAAAUGUUUGCAAAGAACUUGUUUGCACAAAAAAUAAGGUUCAUGAUGAGCAAUAUUUUUAAACAUGCACAAUCAAGUUACCUCAUAUUUCGUGUUGAGAAACUUAAAGGAAUUAAUGACUUUCAUUUAAUAUUAAUUUUUACAUUUUUAUUUUUUAUAUCUUUUUUAAAAGUUUGCCAAGGAUGUUCCUAAAGUUCAGAACGUUCAAACGAAUGAAAUUUAUUUCUUUCUUCUUCAAAUUAAAAUUUUGUGUCAAGUAUAAAAAAAAAUCUGUUCGUCAAGUUCACAACUUUCAUUAUCAACGAUUUAGAAGAAAAAAAAUAUUUUUCUAAAUUAAAUUUAUAUAAUUACAAUUUUUAUAAAAAGUUUUGUUUUUUAAUUAUUAAUUUACAUAAGAAAAAAUUUGUGAACAAAAAAAUUUACUGC